AUGAAGUACUCCGUUGUUGCCUUCUUCGCCGGCCUUGCCGCUGCCUACCACGCCCCUGUUGGCGCCCCUACCGGCAAUGCCAUCACCGCUCCUCUUGUCCAGACCAUCCCCGCUGGCAAGCCCUUCACCAUCACCUGGACUGCCGACUCCCCCAACAAGGUCUCUCUGCUCCUGUUGAAGGGUCCUUCCACCAACGCCGUUUUCAACCAGGUCAUCGUUGAGAGCAUCGACAACUCCGGCAGCUACACCUGGACCCCUCCCACCUCCCUCGAGGGCACUGACGGCCCCGGUGGUUACGGAAUUCAGCUCAUCGAUGAUGUCGAUGGUCACUACCAGUACUCCACCCAGUUCGGCAUCUCCAACGAGAAGCCCGUCUCCUCCGCCGCCCCUGUCUCGUCCAGCGCCUACGAGAGCUCUGCCCCUGCUCCUAAGCCAACCAUCUCCGCCUCUGGCUACGCUGUCUCCUCUAGCUCUGUCGAGGUCCCCUCCAGCACUGAGGCCUCUACCUCUUGCACUACCACCACCACCAUCUACGCUCCUGCUCCCCCGGUCGGCACUGGUGCUUCCAGCGGCGCUCCCCCUUCCAGCGUUAUCUACCCCACUGGCCCUGUUACCGUCCCUGAGUCUCUCAAGACCUCUGCCACUGGCGGCUACAUCGUCCCCACCUCCACCCCUGCGGUCGAGUUCCCUGGUGCUGCCUCUGGCCUUCAGGCCGGUCUCGGCCUCGCCGGUGCCGUCGCUGCCCUCGUCGCCAUGUUGUAA